AUGGAGGCGCCUGAGCUUCCAAGCAGAACAGAAUUAGAAGAAGUUGGUAGAAGCCCUCAGAGCAGAUUGAGACAAAAGAGGCCACUCUCGCGCAUUCUUCCAUCUGCUUCAUCGAGUACCGGGACAACUCCAAGAAAGGCGCAUCAUCACCAAACCCAUGAGGAGAAUGGGGAAAGAACGGGUGUCGUUAGCCACGCAUCUGCAGAACAACCAGCAGCAGAAGCAGCAGCACAAACUGCAGUGGCAGCAGCAGCAGCAGCAAGCUCAUCGAGUUCUUCGUCCACUCCUUGGGAUUUGUCUCUGAGCGAAGGUUUGGACUUCUGCAGAGAUGCAGCUGCUCUUCUUCGGCAGCUUCUUCAGCGCAUAGAAUCGACAGGCCAGCAGCUGGCUACUGCAGCUGCUCUCCCUUCCACGAAUGCGAGCAGCGCUGUAAAGGGAGAUGAAGCGAGGGAUGCCUCCGGUGGCAGUGAAGAGGGAAAAGGAGAGAGCAAACUUAUUGAGCAUCAACAUUUACUUAAAGAUGAAAUCGACGAUUGCCUUCUGCAAAUCCAGGAGCUCCGUCGGUUGCUGUUGUUUGCGCUCUCCUUAAUAAAGUCAAAUCCGCUUCUGAAAGACACUGAAAAAGAGGCAGAUGAUGGAGGCCCAAGGGGAGAGGCGACGUUGAAGGCGAUGAAGCUGUUUAGACUUGACUCGACAGCUGACCUGUGCGCUGAGCCUCUAGCGUCUUCUUUGGUGGGAGUGCUGAGUGGCGUUAGGAGGUUUAUAUCUGUUCUGGCCAGCCGAAUCCACAAUUUAGAGAACAGCGCCGCCGUUUGGCUGACCCACGGCAGCGAAAUAAUUCCUUAUUUGAAGCAUCUGCAGAACUCUCUUGAGGAGUUGCAGCAGCAGCAGGAGCAAACGACGGAAAAAGCAGAAGAAGUGAAGCAAAGAAUCAACUUGAAAUUGAAAGAGAGGGAAUCUGUCAAAUUUUGCCUGGAAAAAACCAAAGAGGAAUUCCGGCAAGCGCGACUCGACUUGACGCGAGAAGAGUUGGAGAAGAUACCAGCGCAAGAAAGAAUGAGGCUGCUUGAGACCAAGCGAGAGACGCUUGACAGGGAGUUGAGGAGCCUCGCUGCAUUUUCUCCCCUCUUUAUUGUUGAAAGAGCCGCCAAAUACAUCACUCUUCAGUACAGACCUGAGGGUUCUCCUAUUGAUUACGAGAUAUCUAUAGAAGGCCUCGAUCUGUCUUUUGCACAAGGCAGCAGUCGUUUGUCUCGCUUCUUCUCAGUGCAUGUACAGCCCCCCAACGACCGCGUCCGUCGUCUGCUUGAGAGUGGAAUCGGCGAACUUUUGCAGAAACUCUCAGCGAAGAAGCACAUGCCCCAGCAGCAGCAGCAGACGCGAGAGCAAACGAGAGGGAGACAGACAACUGAUGGGAGCGUCGAAGCUGCAGGCGAUAAAGUAGUUGAGUACAUCGCCGCGAUUCUCAUCAAGUACGAGGGCCAUACAGACACUCCCAAAGAGGAAAAGCCGAACGUCGCUGCAAACAACUGCGCGGUUGGUAUAUUAUUUACGCGUUCUGAGAAAGCUGGGUCGCAGUGA